CCAAAUUCACCUAAGUUUUAAAGUCCCCAAAUUGAAAAAAACCUAAAUUGACGAAUCUUAGUUUAGAGUGAUGGCUUUUAUCGAUUCUUUCAGUUUUGAGAGAUAAACCGGUGAUCGACAAGAGUUGCAGAAUUCUAUAUUGAGUGUUGUUGUCUCAUCGUUCGUCGUCUUCUUUAUUUCAGCUCUAAGAAACCGAAAAUCAUGGGAAGGACGCUUUUCUUUAGAUUACAUGUUGGAGGAUAUUGGGCAGCGGAUGGUUCAUAUAAUGGUGGUGAGACCAGAUGUUUAAGUCUUGAUUUUGAAUACCCCAGUUUAGCAAUGUUGACAGAUAUGGUUUCGAGUACUGGUUAUGCAGAAAAUAUGAGUAAGUUUUCUUACUUCCCAUCUGGAGUAGUAGGUCAGAAUCGCAAGGAUUUAUGUAGUGAUAGGGAUGUUGGAGAAAUGAUUACAUGUACACAUGAGUUAGAAAGUAUGAAUUUGUAUGUCGUUAGGGCAGAUGAUCCUUAUCUAGAUGAUGUUCUUGUUGGAGAAGGGGAAGAAGAAGAAGAAGAACGGAGUGAUGGAGAGCAGACUGAUUUUUACCGUGAUGAUUAUGUUGAGAGUGAUGACUCAGAUGAUGAUGGAGAGCAGCCUGAUUUUUAUGUAGAUCAAGAGUUUGUUUCCAAAGAGAAGUGUAAGGAGGCAAUUGAGAAGUAUGCUGUGAAAGCGAAGGUGAAUAUACAUUUUAAGAGAUCUGAAAGGAAGAAAAUAGAAGGAGUGUGUGUUCAAGCUGGUUGCAACUGGAGAAUAUAUGCAUCAAUAACUAGUCGUUCAAACAAAAUGGUUGUAAAAUCAUAUAAAGGAACCCACAGUUGCUAUCCUUCAGGUAUUGUGGAUCUCUACAUUAUGACUUCAACUUGUCAUAUGAAGUCUUUGUUUUUCUGGAUUUUUUUUGUUGCAUCAUGUUUGCUUUUAAUGUUUCACUCGAUUUUGUAGUUUUGUUUUGAUAAUUUUUAUGUUCCAGUAGUAUAUUUGGAUUUAUAAU